UAUUACAAGCAGCAUGAAUGCAGCAAACGUUAACUAUGUUUAUUAUAUUAUUCCCAUUAGUUUCGGUGUAACGUGCGCGAAAUUUUGGUAAUGUGAGUAAGUGUAACCAAAGAAAACACGUGGAAACUGGACCUUUAUAGAUAAGAAACAGAAAAUAAGGAAUUAUUUAUAGUUUGAAAUGCCGAAAAAAGACUUAUCACUUGGUCGCGCUUUGAUAAAAGCGCACAAAAAAAGAAGAAAUAUUGUAAGCAAAGAUGGUUAUAGACAUACAAGUGACCUCCCAGAUGGACGAGAUUUUGCACGUUUAAAUUUACGUAGUGUAACUGAGCAAACAUCUGUAAACGAUUUCCUUGAUACUGUCGCUCUGGCAGUGGAUGAGUACACUUCAGAAUUAGGAGAUGUUAAAAUUGUAGAACCAGAUGUAACCAAUGGAAUAUUCUCUGAAGAAGAAAAAGCAUUGAUUGCUUCUGCACAGGAAGAAAAUAAGGAAAUAUUAUGUAUCCCUCGCAGACCUUCCUGGGAUUCAAAUACUUCAAAGGAAGAACUGGAUAAAAAAGAAAGAGGUGCAUUUCUUCUAUGGCGACGCAAAUUAUCAUCGUAA